ACAGCUUCCUCUUCCCAGGUCAGAACGGCGUCUUCCGGUUCCCCCACCGGAUGAAGCGGAAGUGCGUCAUGUCGAGGCGCUAAGGCGCUCGUUUGGCGCGCGCGCCCUAAGCGGCGGAUCUAAGCUAACUUUUUGGAUCUUUUCUUGUUUCUCGUUGGCUUUUGACUUUUUCUGGACCCUGGUGUCUACGAUUUCCGAGAUGCCGUCUUCUUUGUUGGGCGCGGCGAUGCCGGCCUCUACAUCUGCCGCAGCCCUGCAGGAAGCUCUGGAAAAUGCUGGACGGCUCAUCGACCGUCAGUUGCAAGAGGACCGCAUGUACCCGGACCUUUCCGAGCUGCUUAUGGUGUCUGCCCCAAAUAAUCCCACCGUUUCUGGCAUGUCAGAUAUGGAUUAUCCUUUACAAGGACCUGGUUUGAUGUCCGUACCCAACCUUCCAGAGAUCAGUUCCAUCCGAAGAGUUCCUCUCCCACCUGAACUUGUUGAGCAGUUUGGACAUAUGCAGUGUAAUUGCAUGAUGGGUGUGUUCCCUCCUAUCAGCAGAGCUUGGCUCACAAUUGACAGUGAUAUAUUCAUGUGGAACUAUGAGGAUGGAGGUGACCUUGCCUAUUUUGAUGGACUUAGUGAGACUAUUCUUGCUGUGGGGCUUGUGAAACCAAAAGCAGGCAUCUUUCAACCUCAUGUGCGACACCUCCUGGUUUUGGCGACCCCUGUAGACAUCGUAAUUCUUGGACUCAGCUAUGCUAAUUUGCAAACAGGUUCUGGAGUUCUUAAUGAUAGUAUGUCUGGUGGAAUGCAGUUGCUUCCAGAUCCUUUAUAUUCUCUUCCUACUGAUAAUACUUACCUUUUAACAAUAACUUCCACUGAUAAUGGCAGAAUUUUCUUGGCUGGAAAGGAUGGCUGUUUAUAUGAAGUAGCCUACCAGCAUACAGUUGAAGCUAUAGUCUCCAUGACUACACCGUGCCUACAAAACUCAGCCCUCUCCUCAGAGGCUGAAGCAGGGUGGUUUAGCCAAAGAUGCAGGAAAAUAAACCACUCAAAGAGCUCACUUUCUUUCCUUGUUCCUUCCUUGCUACAAUUCACAUUCUCAGAAGAUGAUCCUAUUCUUCAAAUUGCAAUUGAUAAUUCUAGAAAUAUUUUAUAUACACGAUCUGAGAAAGGAGUAAUACAGGUGUAUGAUUUGGGACAAGACGGACAAGGAAUGAGCAGAGUUGCCUCUGUGUCACAGAAUGCCAUUGUCUCUGCUGCUGGUAACAUUGCUAGGACCAUCGAUCGUUCUGUUUUUAAACCAAUUGUCCAAAUAGCAGUGAUUGAAAAUUCUGAAUCACUGGACUGUCAGUUAUUGGCUGUCACACAUGCAGGUGUUAGGUUAUAUUUCAGCACUUGUCCAUUCAGACAGCCAUUAGCACGGCCUAAUACACUGACGCUGGUUCAUGUCCGCUUACCUCCUGGAUUCUCAGCAUCUUCAACCGUAGAAAAGCCUUCAAAAGUACAUAGAGCUCUUUAUAGUAAAGGUAUUCUAUUGAUGGCAGCCUCAGAAAAUGAGGAUAAUGAUAUUUUAUGGUGUGUCAACCAUGAUACUUUUCCUUUCCAAAAGCCAAUGAUGGAAACCCAGAUGACAACCCGUGUUGAUGGUCAUUCCUGGGCUCUUUCUGCGAUAGAUGAAUUGAAAGUAGAUAAAAUAAUUACACCUUUAAACAAGGAUCAUAUUCCAAUAACUGAUUCACCAGUUGUUGUACAGCAGCACAUGUUACCUCCAAAGAAAUUUGUUCUCCUCUCAGCACAGGGGAGCCUUAUGUUUCAUAAACUUAGACCUGUAGAUCAACUGAGGCAUCUACUUGUGAGUAAUGUGGGUGGAGAUGGAGAAGAGAUUGAAAGAUUCUUUAAAUUACAUCAGGAAGACCAGGCUUGUGCAACUUGCCUUAUUCUUGCUUGCUCCACUGCUGCCUGUGAUAGAGAAGUAUCUGCCUGGGCUACUCGGGCUUUCUUUAGGUAUGGUGGUGAAGCACAGAUGAGAUUUCCAACCACUCUUCCGCCUCCAAGUAAUGUUGGUCCCAUCUUGGGGUCUCCUGUCUAUUCUAGUUCUCCUGUUCCUAGUGGUAGUCCCUAUCCAAAUCCAUCCUUUUUGGGAACACCAUCUCAUGGUAUACAGCCUCCUGCCAUGUCAACUCCAGUGUGUGCUCUGGGAAACCCAGCAACUCAGGCCACAAAUAUGAGUUGUGUGACUGGACCAGAGAUUGUGUACUCUGGAAAACACAAUGGUAUUUGCAUUUACUUUUCUCGGAUCAUGGGAAACAUUUGGGAUGCAAGCUUAGUUGUGGAGAGAAUAUUCAAGAGUGGCAACAGAGAGAUCACUGCAAUUGAAAGUAGUGUUCCCUGCCAACUGCUAGAGUCAGUGCUACAAGAACUAAAGGGUUUGCAGGAAUUUCUAGACAGAAACUCCCAGUUUGCAGGAGGACCAUUAGGAAAUCCAAAUACUACUGCUAAAGUGCAGCAGAGGCUGAUAGGAUUCAUGCGUCCUGAAAACGGAAAUCCCCAGCAAAUGCAACAGGAGCUGCAGAGGAAGUUUCAUGAGGCUCAACUAAGUGAAAAGAUUUCACUUCAGGCAAUUCAGCAGUUGGUUCGAAAAUCGUAUCAGGCUCUGGCUUUAUGGAAACUUCUUUGUGAACAUCAAUUCACUGUCAUUGUAGCAGAACUUCAGAAAGAACUUCAAGAGCAGCUGAAGAUCACCACCUUUAAAGAUCUUGUAAUCAGGGACAAAGAACUCACAGGGGCAUUAAUUGCUUCUCUUAUCAACUGCUACAUCAGAGAUAAUGCCGCUGUUGAUGGCAUUAGUUUACAUUUACAGGAUAUCUGCCCACUUCUAUAUAGCACUGAUGAUGCAAUUUGUUCUAAGGCAAAUGAGCUUCUCCAGCGUUCCCGACAAGUUCAAAACAAGACUGAAAAAGAAAGAAUGUUAAGGGAAUCAUUAAAGGAAUAUCAAAAAAUUAGCAAUCAAGUGGACCUUUCCAAUGUUUGUGUUCAGUAUAGACAAGUGAGAUUUUAUGAGGGUGUGGUGGAACUUUCUCUUACGGCUGCAGAGAAAAAAGAUCCUCAAGGUCUUGGGCUUCAUUUCUAUAAACAUGGAGAACCAGAAGAAGACAUAGUUGGACUUCAGGCCUUCCAAGAAAGAUUAAACAGUUACAAAUGCAUUACAGACACACUUCAAGAACUGGUAAAUCAAAGUAAGGCCGCUCCUCAGUCUCCCAGUGUACCCAAAAAACCUGGUCCUCCAGUGUUGUCAUCUGAUCCAAAUAUGCUGAGUAAUGAAGAAGCAGGACAUCAUUUUGAACAAAUGCUUAAAUUGUCACAGCGAUCCAAGGAUGAGCUCUUUAGUAUUGCCCUUUAUAAUUGGCUAAUACAAGCUGACCUUGCAGAUAAGCUGCUACAGGUCGCUUCUCCAUUUCUGGAGCCACAUCUAGUCCGAAUGGCCAAAGUUGAUCAAAACAGAGUUCGUUAUAUGGAUUUACUCUGGCGGUAUUACGAGAAGAACAGAAGUUUCAGUAAUGCUGCUCGUGUACUGUCCAGACUGGCUGACAUGCAUAGCACAGAAAUUUCACUUCAGCAGCGACUAGAGUACAUUGCUCGAGCCAUUCUUAGUGCCAAAAGUUCCACUGCCAUUUCAUCAAUAGCUGCCGAUGGUGAAUUCCUUCAUGAAUUAGAAGAAAAAAUGGAGGUUGCUAGGAUCCAACUUCAGAUACAGGAGACACUACAAAGGCAGUAUUCCCAUCAUUCUUCUGUACAGGAUGCAGUUUCUCAGCUGGAUUCUGAGCUGAUGGACAUAACUAAGCUUUAUGGGGAAUUUGCUGACCCAUUUAAACUUGCAGAGUGUAAACUUGCAAUAAUUCAUUGUGCCGGUUAUUCAGACCCUAUAUUGGUGCAGACACUUUGGCAAGAUAUCAUAGAGAAAGAAUUGAGUGACAGUGUGACAUUGAGCUCCUCGGAUAGAAUGCAUGCUCUUAGCCUCAAGAUUGUUCUCCUUGGCAAAAUUUAUGCUGGCACACCACGCUUCUUUCCUUUAGAUUUUAUUGUACAGUUUUUAGAACAGCAGGUUUGUACUUUGAACUGGGAUGUGGGCUUCGUAAUACAGACAAUGAAUGAAAUUGGAGUACCAUUACCUAGACUACUAGAAGUUUAUGAUCAGUUGUUCAAAUCACGGGAUCCAUUCUGGAACAGAAUGAAGAAGCCACUGCACCUUUUGGAUUGUAUACAUGUAUUACUGACAAGAUAUGUUGAGAAUCCCAGCCAAGUUUUAAAUUGUGAAAGGAGAAGAUUUACAAAUCUCUGCCUGGAUGCUGUUUGUGGUUACCUUGUUGAGCUCCAGUCUAUGAGCUCGUCAGUAGCAGUACAAGCCAUCACUGGGAAUUUUAAAUCUCUUCAAGCUAAAUUAGAACGGCUUCAUUAAUUACUGUGAUAUACUUUCAUCCGUUUUAUGAUCUGUAAAAUAAAAACUCAGCUGGGUCCAGAUAUCAGGUGUUCUAAAUCUAAGAAUGUAAGAACAAUCUUAAUAGAAAUAUGUUUUUAAUAAGUGGCUAAUAUCUACAAAUAAUACCUUUGCUAAAUGAA